CCUCCUAAUACUACCACUCCCUGGGCCAAGCAUAUAUAAACCAUCACACUGACCUUGAACUUGUUUCUGCUUCCUGAAUAUUUGGAGUUAUGGGUAUGUGCUACAAUACCUGCUUUAUGUCAUACUACAGAUUACUCUGUGCAUGCUAGUCAAGCAUUCACCAAUAACGACACCCCCAACCCCAGUCCAGGAUUAGAAAACCACAGCUCCAUUAGAUCACGGUCCUGUCUAAUUAUUACCUCACUGAACCAUUGUUAUCUCCUAAGAAUCCAGUGUCCAGAUAUUAAGGGAUUCAUGAGGCACUACUGUGGGGGUGGGGAGUCAACUCUGUUCUGUUUGCCUUUCUUUCCUGCUUACCAGACUAUAGGACAUUCCACCUCACCCUGGGUUCUUCACACACAGGCUAGGUUAUAACUACAGCCUCAUUCAGUCCACAAGGCUACCUCCUAAAGUCAGGGCCAUCACUUCUGGGCUACAGAGACUAAGGCUCGGGGAGCUGAGUGUCCUUACCUAAACUCCCCAUCCCCACGCUGGGAAAUGGGAGGUCUGAGCUCUUACCCACCCUGUGAUGUUCUUUUGGAACUGUCAGGAGACAUCUGCCUUUCCCCAGGGAUUGAUGUGGCACGGCCCCACCCUUCAGGAACCCAGUGGCCCCCUCUGGAUAAAGAAGCACACAUUGCGGCAAUGGGUAUUGAGUGCUAAGUGCAAGAACCCAAACACAGGGUCCACGAGGGCUGCAUUUGUUCUGUGGCUAGUGGAGGGUUGGCACGGAUACAGAAAAUGAGUUGAAGGUGGUCAUGGUGGUACAGCUGUGUAGUGUUAGAUGCUGAGGAAAUUGAGAUGAGUGAGACUGUUCAAGUCUAUGAGUUCAAGGUUCAAGUCUAUGAGUUCAAGACCAGCCAGGGCAACAUAUCAAGACACCCCCCCCAAAAAAAAAAGAGUAGGGGAGACAAAAAUCAUGGGACUCAUACCAAACUACAAAGCUGAGCUUCAGGUCCCUCUGGAUUAGGAGCAGAGGCUGCAGCCAUCCAGGUUUCUCCUCCUCUCUACCCCAGAGCAGCUAUGGUAGUAGGGAUGAUCAUGUAAUGCUACUUACACUUUUUUUCAAGCUCCUCACAAGAAGGUCCGGUGGAUGGUUUGUAAACAGGUUCUUGGGGGUGGUUCUGCAGUAUUUAAUUUUCCUGGCGCAAAUGCACCUGCCAUGGCCUGUAUCAAGUUGCCUGUGUCAUUUCACAGAAUGGUAAGCAGGUAAGAAAGUCCCACUGUUGGCCACUGUGAGUCUAUCCUAGAAGGUUCCAACAUGUUGUUGCUCUGAACUUACCCUUGUAUGUACACGUACACACACACACACACACACACACACACACACACACACACCAAUUCAGGAUCCCUCCAGCUCCUUUUCAGGUCACAUUUCAGCACUGUCCCUGGAGGAGAGACAACUCUAGUGUCUUUGAGCCUCAGGAGCGUUGAAGCCUAAUUGGGGCUCCCCUUGGAGCACACUUGGUUUCUUAAAGCUUCUGCUGUUAGUUCUGUAAGAGUCCUCAAGGUAAGCCAAGGACCUGGUGGCAUUGAGGAUUUGCCUCCCCAGUAACCAGAAAGUAUCAUGGCUUAGACUUGAGUCCCAGAAAGGAUGUGAGUACUCCAAAACAGAUAUAUCACCUUGGCAGACCAGGACUGCAGACCUCAGCAGUUGACAGCAAUCCCAUUUGAUUACACCAUAACACCCAUCUAGAAUCAAUCUGUCGAAUCCUCCAUCCAGACCUGGAGGAGUUCCCACAUGACUGGAGCUGAUAGUUCGGAGGAUGAAGGACAACAGGUUUCUGCUGUGCUGAAGAGGGCAGUCUGGGAAGCCAGUGAUGAGUUUCCUCCUUCAUGGCCUGUCCAGCAGGCCAUCUGAGACCUCAUAUGGGCUCCUAAUGUUUUUCAUCAUCAAAGAAAGCUUUCUGCUUUACUACUCUGAGAGUGAGAGAAAGAGCUUUGAAACCAAUAAGUACUUCAAUAUUCAUCCUAAGGGUGUCAUUCCACUGGGUGGCUGCCUGGUGGAGGCCAGAGAAGAGCCCAGUAUGCCCUAUGCCAUGAAGAUCUCACACCAGGACUUCCAUGGGAAUGUCUUGUUGGCUGCGGAGUCUGAGUUUGAGCAGACACAAUGGCUGGAGAUGUUGCAGGAGUCUGGGAAGGUGACCUGGAAAAAUGCCCAGCUAGGGGAAGCUAUGAUCAAAAGCCUGGAGGCACAGGGGCUACAGCUGGCUAAGGAAAAGCAGGAAUAUUUAGACAAGCUGAUGGAGGAGACAGAAGAACUGUGCCUUCAGAGGGAACAGAGAGAGGAGCUUGAGCGCCUGAACCAAGUGCUGGAGGCCGAGAAACAGCAGUUUGAGGAGGUGGUGCAAGAGCUGAGAGUGGAGCAGGAGCAGAUCAAAAGGGAGCUAGAACUCACUGCAAGAUGCCUCAAGGGCGUGGAACAAGAGAAGAAGGAGCUGAGACACCUCACAGAGUCCUUACAGCAUACGCUGGAGGAACUCUCCAUAGAGAAGAAGAAAACCCUAGAGAUGCUGGAGGAAGAUAAGAACCAGCCACAGCCCUUGACCAACCAGAGUGAGCAGCCACCGGCCAGUGAUGGUCUCCAUAGCAACCUCAGGCAGAUCGAAGAGCGGAUGCAGGAGCUAUUGGCGGAGAAGCUUCUGGCUGAGAAGCGGAUGAAGGAGAAUGAGGAACGCUCUCGGGCUCUGGAGGAGGAACGGGAAUUCUACUCAAGCCAGUCCCAAGCCCUGCAGAACUCGCUGCAGGAGCUCACUGCAGAGAAGCAGCAGGCGGAGCGGGAACUCAAGGCUGAAGUGAAAGUACGCAUGGACCUUGAGAGGCGGCUUCGGGAGGCAGAGGCGGCCUUGCGGAGCCUGGAACAAGGCCUCAAUUCCAAGGUUCGGAACAAGGAGAAGGAAGAACGGAUGCGGGCGGACGUGAGCCACCUGAAAAGGUUCUUCGAGGAGUGCAUCCGGAAUGCAGAGCUGGAGGCCAAGAUGCCGGUCAUCAUGAAGAACUCCGUGUACAUCCAUAAGGCAGCCACUCGCCGCAUCAAAAGCUGCCGAUUCCACCGCCGCCGGUCCAGUACUUCCUGGAAUGACAUGAAGCCAUCCCAGUCCUUCAUGACCUCCCAGCUAGAAGCCAACAACAUAGAGGAGCUGAAGGAGGUAGCCAAGCGGCUAAGCAGAGACCAGCGCUUCCGGGAAUCCAUCUAUCACAUCAUGGCUACCCAGCCUGGGGCCUCUGCACUUCCCCGGGGAGGAAAGUAAUGGGAACUCCUACUCCGGCCUCCUAUCUUUCCUUGGUGGGGCAGCAGGGAGGUCUGACGCCCCUGGGUCUUCUCCACCAGAGCACUGCUGGGUGUGAGGGGGCACCCUCAUUCUCGAAGGAGGCGAUACCCCCUCUGCCUCACCCAGAGCCCUGACCUUGGAGGUCAGAAGAGAAUAUUGGGUUCCCUACAACUGGAGUCGUGGAUGGUUGUAAGCUACCGUGUGGGUGCUGGAAAUCAAACCUGGGUCUCCUGGAAGAGCAACAAGUGCUCUUAACCACUGAGCCAUCUCUCCAUGCCCGAGCCCUGACUUUGGGUCUACCCUAGGUGAGGUGGGUCCACACUGGGUGCUACCUAGUUGCCAUGAUGAGGCCUGGCUCUGUGUGGUAUAUCUGUUGGUCAAGAAGAUAAAUUGUCUGUUCCAUGAGGACUGAAUAGUUCCUCUGGUACCUACCAUACCCCUCGGUGACUCUACUGUGCUGACCCUGGUCACAUAACACCCCCUAACUCUCUCUUCGUUCCUGAUCCUCCAGUACAACAUUUGUCCAUGCCCUGCACUUAUUCCAUGUUCUUGGAGAGGGAAAAGGAGGCUCUAAGAUAUAACCCCAGGUUCACAGCACCCCACACCCUCUCUGCAGUAUUCCUGGGGGCUGUCCUGGCUGUAAGGCCACCCAGGCCUCCUAUUCACAAAUGGGUUUCUCCAUAUAUAGCUCCAGCAACCUGCUGGAGGGUGCAGGAGAAGUGUGGGAUCCCACUUUGUUCUUUUCCAGCCCCGAUUGAGAGUCCUUGACCCCAGGGUUUCCCAAAGUCCGCACAGCCAGAUCUGGAAGAAGCUCCGGUGUUACCCACAGUCAGGCCUGUUGUGACCCUGCUGCCCUGAGAGCGCAGAGGUCUGUCUCUCUCCCAGCUGGCUCACCUUGCUGCCUCCUCUCCCUGCAGCAGACUCACUCAGUGGACCAAUGCAGCCAGGAACCCACCACAUGGGAACAUGGGCCUGUGGGGAACUAGUAGCCAUUGUUUGGUAGAGCAUUGUCAGAGUGACACUGUAACACCAGCCUGCGGGUUUUAUGGAAGACCACUACCCUUCAGGAGGCCAAGGACUGAGGCGUGUGCUCCUUAUCUGUGACAGUCUUUUGGGGCCCAUCCCUCAGAAGCUGCCUGAGUCUAUCAGUCUCGACAAACAAGACUUGGGGAGGGGGCGGAGAUGUGGACAGUGGUUAAGAGCACUUGUUUCUCUCUUUCGGGGCACCCAGACUUGGUUCCCAGCACCCACAUGGUAGCUCAAAACCAACCAUAUGUGACUUCAUUUGCCAGGAGAUCCAACACCUUCUCCUGACCUUCACAGGCACCGGGCACUCACAUGGUACAUGUACAUACAUGCAGACAAAACAUCCAUACACUUACAUCUUUUUUUUUUUUAAAGACCCUUUAAAAGGGGGCAGGGUGCUAAGACAGUGCUAGAUCAAAGGCAUCCAUUUUCUGUCCAGAAGACUGAAGCAUCUUGAGGAAGGGACGGAAGUAGCCCCGUGGAAGAACCCUUGUCAAGAUCUGAGCUGCCCUCUUCUCCGUGGUCCCUUCUUGGUGAGGGUGGUCUUAGGUAGGGUGUUUUGGAAUCAGUGUGUCCGAAUGUAAAUAUAAAGCUAUAAAUGUGUAUAAACCUGCAUAAACCCAGAGCUUGUCUGCAAAAUAUGAAUGUGGAAUGGACUUUGAAAUGAAGAGGCAUAAAACUAGA